ACCAGUUAAUUCUGGACAAGGACAACCUUUUCCGUUUACUUAUACCUUAUAAUUCAACUGUUCCAGCGAAUAGAAUUCGGGCAAAUGCGCGACCCGUUUCGUAGAUAAACAUAGCCACGGUAUGCUUGGCAACCCUGAAGAUAAUGUCAGGGAAUCAAUGGAUGAAAAUCCCCAAAACUACUGCAGUUGCCUGGCUGGAAUUCUCGUCUCGUACUGAGAGUAUCGGACACUUGGAAAUAAAAACGGUGAACGUAUAAGGACCACGGGAAGGAGCCACAACAUAUCUGAGUGUGGGGAAUUAUAACGGUGUCCAGUCGGUAUUUGGCUAGAUAACGCAUUUAAAGUUUGAACGGAAAGAACAGUUUUGCUGCAUCGAAUUCCUUUGGACGGGAUGUCAUCUGCCGCCGGUAGAAUUCCACGAGCUAACCGACCAUCUCCCUCUCUGUAAAGGAGGCCGAGCGCGCCAGCCGUGAAGAUGAGCGGUGCGGCAGAUACCAAGGUGAGGCGGACCUUUAUCGUGCCCUCGAUCAAGGCUUUUGAUCACUAUGAUUUCACAAGGGCCAAAAUAUACUGUAGUUUGACAUGGCUUGUGGCCAAAGCCUUCGGCUCAGAUGCGGUCCCGGAGGAGCUGGUGGACCCUUUCUACAGGGACCAGUACAGUCAGGAGCACCUGAAGCCCCCGGUGGCAUGCCUGCUCCUGUCUGCAGAGCUCUACUGCCGGGCGGGGAGCCUCAUCCUCCGCAGCGAUGCCGUCAAACCUCUGCUGGGACACAACGCCAUCAUCCAGGCCCUGGCACAGAAGGGACUGUACGUCACUGACCAGGACCGACUGGUCACAGAGAGGGACCUGACCGGCACACCCAUACACAUGAGUUCCCACCUGGCCCUGAUAGACACUCUGAUGACGGCGUACACGGUGGAGAUGGUGAGUGUGGAGCGGGUGAUGGCCUGCGUCCACCGCUUCUCCUCCCCUCCCAAUGACCUCUCCUCCCACCCCGACGGAUACAUCAGGGACCUGCCCUACGACACAGAGGACGCAGUCACCACCUGGAUCAACAAGGUGAAUGAGCACCUCAGGGAGAUUCUGGUGGAGGAGCAGAGGUUGAGAGAGAGCUCCUGCCCUGAGAGCACAGCUACUGCAUCACAGAGGGCGCGCUAUAGGAGGGAGCAUGAGAAGCAGAGGUCAGCUCCCUCCCUCCCCCUGGUGGACAAUCUGCUAAAGGACAACACAGACGGCUGUGCCCUGGCUGCACUCGUCCACUUCUACUGCCCAACGUCUGUCAGACUGGAAGAUAUCUGUCUGAAGGAGACCAUGUCGCUGGCUGACAGUCUGUACAACCUGCAGCUGGUGCAGGAGUUCUGUAGGGACAACCUCAACCACUGCUGCCACUUCUCCCUGGAGGACAUGCUCUAUGCCCACUCUUCCAUCAAGAAUAACUACCUGGUGUUUAUGGCAGAGCUGUUCUGGUGGUUUGAAGUGGUCAAGCCUUCGUUUGUACAGCCCAGAGUCUUUGACCCACAAGCCUGGGAUCUAGCCCCGUCAGCAAGGGCUAUGGCUCCUAUCUGUAGCCCAGCCAAACAGGACUUUGGGGACAGCCCAGAACACAAAAGGCUUCAACCAGACUCUGCUUCAGGUGUGAUAAAGAGGACCAUGUCCUAUGUAGACGGCUGUGUGGGGACGUGGCCUAAGGAAAGACGGUCUAGGGGCAUCUCCUUUGAGAUUCCUUUGGACGGGGAUCCUAACGUCCCUCCCUGUUGGGGUCCCUCACUCCGGGGCAUGACCCGCUCUGCCAGCACCGAGGGCCUGGGGGUGUUCAAAGUUCACCACGCACCCCAGGGGGACAUGAGGCGCCACCUCUCCUUUCAGCCGGUCAGCGUCAACGGUCCUAGCAGCACCGCAGGGCACAUAACUGAGGAGGACUACAACACGGACUCACCAAACCCCCACAAAGCACUGGGGCGUGGGCAGACUCAGCCACACAAGAACCGGAACAGAUAUUCCAAUGGUGUUCUCAAAGAGAACGGCAAUGACGGCCGCGGCCCCGUCAGCCCAUCGAGCCCCCCUAGCAUUGAGGAGGCUCUGAAGAUUAUCCACCACACAGAGAGGCCCCACGGCAGUCUGGGGCCCGGGGCCAACGGCUUCUUCCUCCACGAUGGAGCUGAACCAUCAGACCCAGGGGACGACCCUGAUGACUACCCAGGAUCGGCUAAGGCCCGGGCAGACGAGGCCGACCUCUACUCAGCCUCUACGGAGGAAGUGGACACAGGGAUCCACGUGAGGUCGGAGGACAUCCAGGAGAGUUUGGACGAGGACAAUUCUUCCCUCAGGGACUACUCUGAUAUGGACCCUGACUAUGAGGCUAUGACCCGAUCCUGUCCCUUACCAGAGGGGGAUGGAGAGAGGGGGGUGAGGAGCAGCCCAUACCCCAGCUCGGUGUCCCCAGCCCCUAUGUCUCAUGCUCCCAGCCCUGCCUCGUCCUCGGGUGGUUCUGGCGGCGGACUGGUUCGCAUGACCAGCUUCGCCGAGCAGAAGUUCCGUAAGCUGGAGGGGCGGAGCAGUGGAGGGACCACCCCCGAGAGCGCUGAACUCUACGUUCCCAACACGCCCCCCACACGAACUGCCACGCUCGAGAUCUCCAGCCCCACCCACCCAGUCCAGACCCCGGCCACGCCCUCUCCCAGAGACCACACCCACCUGCUGCCGUCAGAUAUGGUGCACCUGAAGAUGAAGCUGGAGGAGAAACGCAGAGCCAUCGAGGCCCAAAAGAAGAAGGUUGAGGCAGCGUUCACUCGGCAUCGUCAGAAGAUGGGCCGGACAGCCUUCCUCAACGUGGUGCGAAGGAAAGGGGUGACCCCCUCCCCCACCAGCCCCGUCCCUGGGGGCCACGACCUGGACAAGCCCUCCCCAGAUCGCUUCUUCACUCCUUCGGAAAGCCUGGGCCAGGCGGAGAGGUGCAAGCCCGACGGAGCAGCACCCAAGUCCCCCUGCGAGGAGGGUGCAGGUGUCGGGGUUGGAGAGGUGGACCUGAGCGAGUACACUCGCUCCAUCGAGAGGCUGAACACGUCCCUGGGGUUCCUGCAGACGGAGAUGCAGCGGCUGGCCCAGCAGCAGGACAGGAUCAUGGCCAUGAGGGAACAGCAACAGGCCUGGGUCAUACCUCCUCCAGCACCCUCGCCACACAGGCAGCUCCGGGAGCUCCGCAGCAACAGUGUAACCCCGGGGUCCGUGGGGUCCUUGUCCCCAAUCUUGUCCUCUGCGGGUGGUUCCCCCCGCGCCGCCCACCGUUCCCCCGGCGGCCUCAAGCGCCGCCCGGCCUCCUUCCAUGCCAGCACCCCUCACACCCCACGCACCCCACGCCCCACCGAGCUCAAGGUAACCCCCUUUAGACGGAUGCUCAACACCCCCACGUCCGUGGACAGUCUGCCCAGGCUGAGACGCUUCUCACCCAGCCAGACCCAGGUCACCUCCUUUGCCUACCUGGGACACGACGAAGGACCUGGGGCCACGGAGGGCAAGGAGAGAGGGGCCCCAGGGGGAACAGAGGAGCCUCAAAACCAAACCAAACCACCUGAGACAGAGGUGCCGGGGAUAAGGAGUGCCGGCGCUCGUCCCUCCUCGCCCACUACAGAGCCAGCCAAAGAGAGACAGAUGGAGAGGAGAGAUGAAGGGAAAACGGAGAAGUUGGCAGAGGUGCUGUCUCAGCCAGUGAGAGACCUGAUGGAGGUGCCGCUGUCGUUGCUGAAGCCUUUGGAUGGACAGGGUCUAGAGACAAGUGGAGAGGGGGAGAAAAGAGGAGAGCUGUACGGAGAGGACCAGAAAAUGUGCUGUGGGUUCUUCUUCAAGGACGAUGGGAAGGGAGAGGAGGACAUGGCGGUGAAGAGGGCUGCUCUGCUGGAGAAGAGGGUGAGGAGAGAGAAGGAGACGCAGGAGAAGAAACAGCAGCAGGAGCUGGAGCAGGAGCAGAGGAAGGAGGAAGCACGGCUGAAAGCGGAGGAGGAGCAGCAGAAGCGAGAGGACGACAAGCAGAGGAAAGAUUACAUAAAGAACGAGUACAUGAGGAGGAAGCAUUUGAAGCAGGUGGAGGAUAUGGAUGUCAGGCCCCGCCAUGGAAGUCUCAAAAAGAAGCCCCGGCCCAAAUCCAUGCACAGGGACGUCAUGGAGUCACCCAAGCCACCCGCCAGAGCCACGGGUACUCGACCGCGUGGGUUCUCAGUCUCCAGCAUGUCCCUGGCCUCCCUCAACCUUGACAACGACAGCAACGCCGGAGAUAAGAGGAUCCGCAGGCCAGACUCUGCUAGGCCAGACUCUGCUAGGCCAGACUCUGCGGAGGGCAAUCUGUCGUCCUGCCCGUCUCAUAACGGAGAGAAGGACUGGGAGAACGAGUCCACAACCUCCUCCACUCCCUCCAACCAAGAGUACACAGGGCCAAAGCUGUACAAGGAGCCCAGUGCUAAGUCCAACAAGCAUAUCAUCCAGAACGCCCUGGCCCACUGCUGCCUGGCGGGCAAGGUCAACGAAGGACAGAAGAAUAAGAUAAUAGAUGAAAUGGAGAGGUCGGGGGCCAACAACUUCCUGGUUUUGUUCCGAGACACGGGUUGCCAGUUCCGCUCGGUGUACACCUACUGCCCUGAGACGGAGGAAAUCACCAAGCUGGCGGGCAUCGGGCCCAAGAGCAUCACAGCCAAGAUGAUCGAGGGCCUGUAUAAAUAUAACUCAGAUAGGAAGCAGUUCAGCCACAUCCCUGCCAAGACAAUGUCGGCUAGUGUAGACGCCAUCACCAUCGCCGCUCACCUGUGGCAGACCAAGAAACAGGGCACGCCCAAGAAACUGGGUAGUCUCAAGUAGUCACAGCAACAACCCCUUUCAUACCAAACCCAGGAUAUUGUUGCUAGGUGUCCUGAGUUAUAGUUGAGGACUGAGGGGAGGCUUUGCGGGUGUUGUGACCUGGGAUAUUACAGGGUCUGGUUUGGUGUGACAGUGCUAAAGAGUACAUCUUUCUAAUCUUCUUUCCCAUUCAGAUAUUUAACGAACACUUACACUUGGCAUUCAUCUGGAUCUGAUAUCUGAUGUACAGUUUCAUUUGAUGAAUAUGUGGUAGGGGAUUUUCUUCUAAACAGGACACUAUUGACUUUAUGCACAACUGGAAUGUAGGGGGAAAAACAUCAACACAAGCCUCAAGGGACAUUGUUGUUGUUAUGCAAGACUGUGUGCGUGUGUGUGUGGGACCCAGAGUCAUUCUAAUGGUGCACAUGUGUGUAUGUUCGUCAGCAUGCGUGGGUGCCCAUGUUCUCGUGUGCCAAAAAAAAGGGGCUGAUGAAAGCCUUACUGAAUCGGACCACUGAAGCACUGAAUGUCAUUCCUUUUGAAAUAGAUCGAGUUUGAGUUCCCUAUGUUCAUCAUGUGUGGCCUUAUGCUUGUUUUGUGAAAGCGCAGUGAUUAGGUCAUAUUUAAGCGCCAAAUGUGAUGUUUUGGUGAGUACAAGAUGAUACGUAUAUGAGAGCUUGUUGAGGGUGGCUGUGUGUGAGGCUUGCUUUUCUCUGUGGCUGAAAGAUGAGACUGAGAAGGUGGGUUUACAUAAUGUGUCAAUAGUUAAGUAGGUUGUCAUAACUUCCGAUAAGAACUAGAUUGUAAAGUCAUUGAUUAAGUAUAAUCUAGUUCACAGGAAUGUCAGCAACUGACUCUUAAUUGAUUGAAUGUUUUUGAUAAGGCUUUGGAAGUUUUUUAAAGGUCCAAUGCAGAUGUUUUUACCUCAAUAUCAAAGAAUUUCUGGGUAACAAUUAAGUACCAUAUUGUGAUUGUUUUAAAUGGUCAAAAAUAAACAAAAAUAGCUUAUUAGCAAAGAGCAAUUUCUCAAGCAAUAAUUUUGCUAGGACAGUCUGGGAGUGAGCUGUUAUUGACAGAGAGGUUUGGAACUCUUUCUUAUUGGUCUAAUAACUAAUUUACUGCAUGGUGAUGUCACUAUAGAAGGCCAAACCCCCUCCCACCAAAACAGGCUGAAAUUUCAGGAUGGUCUUUUCAAACAGCUCUUACACUAAAAGGGCAUUACCAUCAUUUUCACUAUUUUCCAGUAUUAUUCCAACCUCAUAGUGUAUCAAACACAGGACAAUUAUGCUUUUAACUGCACUGGGACUUUAAAGGCUUUUAAAGUUUCAUCAACAGAGGUGUGUAACAUACUUUAAGACAAUAUAUACUGUAUAAGUUAAUUUCGUUUGUAUAUAAUGGUUAUUCCAUUCAAAAUGAAUGAGUGAAACUAGCAUUUAUCAUUUAAUAUGGACGUAUAUAAACGUACUAUACUGUAUAUGGGGCCUUCUAUUGUUUAAAAAAGAUGCAAGUGUGUGAUCCCUUUUCAAUGUCACUGGCAGGACAAUUUCAAGCUUUAGAAUAGAAGCAAGUUCCACAAAUUGUGUCAUGAGCCUGUGCAAUUCCGAGAAAAUAUCUUAUAAAAAUCCUUGUUGGCAUACAAUACCAGUCAAAAGUUUGGACACACCUACUCUUUCCCACCGUGAAGCAUGGAGGAGGAGGUGUGGUGGUACUUUGCUGAUGACACUGUCAGUGUCCAGCAUGGCUACCACAGCAUUUUGCAGCGAUACGCCAUCCCAUUUGGUUUGCUCUUAGUGGGACUAUCAUUUCUUUUUCAAGAGGACAAUAACCCAACACACCUCCUGGCUGUGUAAGGGCUAUUUGACCAAGGAGAGUGAUGGAGUGCUGCACCAGAUGACAUGGCCUCCACAAUCACCCGACCUCAACUCAAUUGAGAUGGCUUGGGAUGAGUUGGACCGAAGAGUGAAGGAAAAGCAUCCAACAAGUGCUCAGUAUAUGUGGGAACUCCUUCAAGACUGUUGGAAAAGCAUUCCUCAUGAAGCUGGUUGAGUGAAUGCCAAGAUUGUGCAAAGCUGUCAUCGAGGCUAAGAGUGGCUACUUUGAAGAAUCUUUGUUUAACACUUUUUUUGAUUACUACAUGAUUCAAUAUAUGGUAUUUCAUAGUUUUGAUGUCUUCACUAAUAGUCAAAAUGAAGAAAAACCCUUGAAUGAGGUGUGUCCAAACUUUUGACUGGUACUGUAUAUGUUUGGACCUCACAGAUAUUCAAACGCAUUUGACUUUAUUGUGGAUAAUAUCUUUACUGUUGAAUUCCUAUUACACUUAAAGUAGUCCACAAUACGUAUGUGUACAUAUUCAAUAGAGAGUAAGGAAUAGAAUUUCAUGACUCUGUCCCACUGUAGAUUGCAGUAUUUGUAGUUGAUUUAACUGCGUACUUACAUAAAUGAAGUCAAACACAGAUCACAAAAACAUAGUUCUUCGGGACUUUCAAAACAUCUGUUACAUUAUGCUUCAACAUGUUACAUUGUUCUAACCUAUGAAAGGAAACUGACAUUUAUGUUUAUUUUAUUUCGGAGCAAAGCAGUGUUUACGCUGUACAUAUAUUUUGUCGUAUAAAAGUAUUUUUUUGUAAACCAUUUUGAGGUUUCAUAUGAGCAGCAUAUCUGUUGCAAAAGGAAAUGUAAAACCACGAGAGGGUACAAUAUGUCUUGUAUGAGUGACGGGCAGGAAACGGAGAGAGAAGUGAUUGCAAACUGUUUCCACUGCAUAGUCUAUUGUAGUGGAUAAUCAGAUAUGUGUGAGAUACCAUUCUGUGUUUUCCCCCCAUCUACAUCUGUUUUAUUUGAACCUUGUCAAUAUGUUCAUGCAUUUGUUAUUUUUUAUCAAUUCCUUUGAACAAUAUUAAAAUGCAGAUGUUCAUCAA